AUGACUGAAUUCGGCAGUCAACAGCACCGUCAGUUGGCGCCCGGUCCGUCGCCUACUAACGCGGACAGAUUUCCUUCGGGUGAUAGCCCCCCUGGAGAUAGCUUUCGGACCUCUCCGGAUGUCUCGAAGAAACGCGUGUCCAUGGCUUGUUUGGCUUGUAAGAAGUCCAAGCGGAAGUGCUCUGGAACGGCACCAUGUGACAACUGUCGGGCAUUUAACCGACAGUGCAUAUUCGAUGAGACGCUUGAUCAGCGUCGAAGAGUAGCGGCAAAGCGUACGGCUGAUGAGCUGAGCUAUCACCGAGAUAUGCUGAAUGAUCUCUUGAAGGUGAUGCGUGCAGAAGAUCAGUCACAUGCUCUGAAACUGCUGGAAUUCAUCCGGAAGGAUGCCACGGCCGAGGAGAUUCGCACGUAUAUCGACGAUAUUCUGGGUCGGAUUGAGGGAUGCAGCAAGGUGAGUGACGCGGCGGGAAGGCAGCUACAGCAGGUUAGACGGGUGAUCGAUGUCGAAGGAGCUGGGCCGUCAUUUCGUCCCAAGGUUAUGGAUAUCCAUUACUUAUGCAACGAAGUCCCUCACAGGGUCCCCGCAGAGCCCUGGACCACCGUAACCGGCGAUGCUGACCUCGUCUCCCAUCUGGUGUCCCUCUACUUCACCUGGGAUUAUCCCUUUCAUGCCUUUCUCGACCGAGACGUCUUCCUCAAGCAUAUGCGGAAGGGUAACACCAAUUCGGAAUUUUGCAGUCCAUUCCUUGUGAACGCUCUGCUCACGAACGCUUGCCACUUCUCAGACUACUCUGAAGCCUAUGUCGAACCCGGGGAUAUAAUGACCAAAGGGGCCGAUUUUCUCGCUGAAGCGGAGCGUUUGAGAGAGGAAGGACCCAUGAAGCUCAGUCUGGCUAAUCUGCAAGGCACACUGUUGUUACAUGAACGGUAUGCAUUAUCCGGUGAAGACGAUCUCGGCUAUCGGAUGCUCCACCAAGCCAUUUGGACCGGCGAAUCUCUAGGUCUCAUCGGCCCAAGGAAGUUUAGUCUGAAUCCAGGACAGAUCUCUGAUGAUAUGGAUAUUUCGAUCAAGCGGACGGCCUGGGGCUUGUUCUAUAUUGACACGGUUGUGCAUGCCGAUUUCCUACGGCCCAGCCUGAUUGACAAGGUCAACCUCGAACGGCCCAAUCGGUACAGCGCCGAAGAUUCGAGUUUGUGGUACCCUUACCCCUCCCAUCGCUCUGCUCAGCCGUCCUACUUGAGCCACUACUUUAACGAGUCAUGCAACCUGUGUGAAAUUGCACGAGACGUCUCACAGCGGCUCUUUGGAAUUGACGCCAACGCUGCCUCUGCCGAGCACCUACGUCAGAUCCAGGAAACCCUGUAUGAAAGACUGCGUGGCUGGUAUAGUAAGCUGCCGGAUAUCUUCGAUCCGUAUCAUAGGCCACCACCGUACAUCAUCUUGCUGAGAAUGCGCUACCAUACGUUAGUGAUCAAUAUCUUCACCUUCAGGACCGGGCGGACCAGAGAUACGCCUGACUCCGAGGCACCUAAAACACCCGAGAGCCCACCGGGACUAAGCCCCCUACCCAAGUACAAUACUGUAGGCAUUGUACAAUCUGCAGCGCGCGCAAUAGCUGCCCUGACAGUCCUCCACCGACGAGAAUACGGCAUCAGUCGUGCUCAUCAUUUUGCCAUGUAUGCGAUAAACCUGGCGCUCUUCACGUUGCUGGAGUCCGGGACAUUCGACGUGCUGGACCCCGACUUUCUUGCGCUCGCCAGCUCUUUCUCCAAUAUUGCUAGUCGAUCGCCAUUGGGUCGGUCUCUCUUCCAUAUUUUUCGGCAGGCGGUUCAUGCCAAGGGGCAAGGCAGGCGGCUGCGAGAAUCAAAUGCGGUCUCGGAUGAUCUCAAAGCGAUGUUUGACGAAGAAUCGGCAUCGGCAUCCCGGUGGGAUGAGUAUGCCGCAGGAUUACAGAAGCUGGAGAUGGAUGAACGCUACCGCGGAGCCUGGGAUGGGGAGUUCAGUCUUUUCGACAUGCUCGAUCGAUACGAGAGCUUGAGCUUGGGCAAGGAUGAAAUUGCGCCGGAGCGGCCGCGCUGUUGA